UUCACUAAUAAUAAUAGGCACAUCAGCAUCAAGUAAACAAAAUGGAUGAAGAAGGCAUCAGAAAACGAAGUUCAAAUCAAGAACCUGAUGAAACGCCCAUCAAGAAAAACAAAUCUAUGAAUCUACAGAAAGAGGUGGGCCUGCUCAGUGGAAUCUGUGUCAUUGUUGGGACAGUGAUUGGUUCGGGAAUCUUUGUUUCUCCAAAGUCUGUUCUGGCUAACGUUGGAGCUGUUGGGCCCUGCUUAGUCAUCUGGGCAGCCUGUGGAGUGCUUGCUACAUUAGGGGCACUGUGCUUUGCUGAACUUGGCACAAUGAUAACAAAAUCAGGAGGAGAAUAUCCGUACCUCAUGGAAGCCUUUGGCCCAAUCCCUGCGUAUUUGUUUUCCUGGGCAAGUCUUAUCGUCAUCAAGCCCAGUUCCUUUGCCAUUAUUUGCCUCAGCUUUGCUGAGUACACAGCAGCUCCAUUUUAUCCGGGUUGUGACCCCCCCACAGUUGUCAUCAAGUGUCUGGCAACAGCAGCCCUCGUUACAAUUACUCUGGUGAAUGCCCUGAGUGUGAAGUGGGCGAGCUACGUACAGAACUUUUUCGCUGCGGCUAAAAUGGUGAUUGUCAUAAUUAUCAUUGUAAGUGGGAUUGUUCUUCUAGCCCAAGGAAAUACAAAGAACUUCAACAAUUCGUUUGAUGGUCCCCCACUUUCUGUGGGUACCAUUAGUCUUGCAUUUUAUAAUGGACUCUGGGCCUAUGAUGGAUGGAAUCAACUUAAUUAUAUCACAGAGGAACUUAAAGAUCCUUAUAGAAAUCUACCACUCUCUAUUGUUAUUGGAAUCCCUCUGGUCACAGUUUGUUAUGUUCUGAUCAAUAUAUCCUAUUUCACGGUUAUGACAUCAACAGAACUUCUGCAGUCUCCAGCUGUUGCUGUGACAUUUGGAGACAGGGUUCUUUAUCCUGCUUCCUGGAUAGUCCCCCUCUUUGUGGCUUUUUCUACCAUCGGGGCAGCCAAUGGGACUUGCUUUACUGCUGGCAGGCUUGCUUACGUAGCUGGUCGUGAAGGACACAUGUUAAAGGUGCUCUCUUACAUCAGCAUUAAGCGCUUAACUCCGGCACCUGCUAUCAUCUUUUACGGUGCAGUAGCUAUUAUUUAUAUAAUUCCCGGAGACAUCAAUACCCUCAUCAACUACUUUAGCUUUGCAGUUUGGAUAUUCUAUGGUCUAACUGUGCUGGGACUCAUUGUCAUGCGGUUUACAAGAAAAGAUCUUGAAAGGCCUAUCCGUGUCCCUCUUAUCAUCCCCAUCCUUGUGCUGUUGGUUUCCAUUGUGCUGGUCCUGGCACCCAUCAUCACUGCACCUGAGCUGCCAUAUCUGUAUUGCGUUCUGUUUAUUAUCAGUGGACUUGUCUUUUAUGUACUUUUCAUCCACUUCAAAUUCAGCUGGGCUCAAAAAAUCUCAAAGCCCAUCACUAUGCACCUUCAGAUGCUUAUGGAAGUAGUUCCACCAGAAGAUGUUCCUGAAUAACAUCGAAUUUUUCCAUCAUUAAAAAGGCUAGAUCCUGGAAAUGGUUCAUCAGGUAUGAUACACCAUGUCCACAACUAUAGGUCUCAAUGCUGAGGAUAGGGGACAUUUGUGAGACAAUAAGUGUCCUGAAAAAGACACUGUUCUGUUCCCCCCCCCCCCCGUAAAAUGCAUUCAUUUUUGUAACACGUUGUAUUCAGGGAUUUUCAACAUCUUAAGAAUAUAUCUGAAUGGGGGAAAAGACCUGAGGAUUUGUAGGCCAUGGACUUUAUUUCAGGUAUGGAAUUUCCACAUUAUUUUCUCAGCAAGCUGAAAGGACAGAACAUAUAGUAUUACAGUGCCAUCUACCAGCAAACAAACAUGGAAGCGCAAAGAUGAAAUCUCAUAUAUUAAAUGUCUUACAGUUUUAUAAAGGGUAGAGACCCAAAUGAAAUGACAGGAGAACAUAUGGGAGGGAGAAAGACAUGUGAUCUAGACGUAAUCUGUAUGAUAUUGACUCCUGAGGUUGAAGAGGUCAAGACAAGUACCGUAAUACACUGGAAUAGGCUGAAGCUUCUCAAAGUAUGCCUCUGCCUUGACACAAUGAAACAUGAGCAGAUGAUGGGAAAUAUCUCAACAUUGGAGCAGAUUUUUGCAGGCACAAUGGUUUGUGUAUUAGAAGCGUAGAGUCUGUCCAGCAUGAGCCUUAAGGGCAGAUCCUUGGUUGCCCAUAGGAAGUGUGUUUUGGCACCCAGGGAGCCUCAGCUUGGUUUGCUGCUGUCAUGUUUCUACCUCAGUAUCCUGCACAGCUGCAUCUUUUGAGGAGUGCAUGCAAAGACAGAAGCUUAAUCAACUAAGUUUUUUAUCUAAUU